UAUUUUCAACAGGUGUUCAAUACGCACGCGGAGAAAACGUACCGCGCGAUAGAACGGCAAAUCGGUAACAAUUGAUUAACUAACUAACUAAACUAACAACUGCUACAGCAAGCAAAAAUUAAAAACACGUGCGAACUCUUCUAAAAUCAGCAAAUUUUGUGGAUUACUUUGCUUCAGUUUUAAGCCAGUCGGACUUUAAAGCAAACGUUUGCUCUACUCUUAAGCCUUUUUCUCUGGAAUGGGUCGCCGCCAGUUGGGACUGGUGUUGCUGCUUUUGGUGUGUCUGGAGGCCAGUUUGGCCCUCACACCAAGCGGUAAGCCUGCUAUUCACUUAAUACAUGAUGAUUUGUUGGACAACGAGUUGACAUCCGGUGAGGAGGAUGUGCUUAAGCAUGGCAUUAAAAUAUCCACACCCAAGAUAAUCACCAAGAAAACGGUGAAGGAACAAAUUGCAACCACACCCGCCAAGCCACAGGUUGUCAGUGAUGAGACAUUUAAGGAUCUGCUGGAGGCAUCCAAGCAUAGUGUUGCCCUGGCCGAAGAUCCCAGAUUCAAUAAAAUGUUGCCCGAUCGUCUGAAGAAUGAGACAUUGACUAGCCCCAAGAAUGCUACCGAUUCGAACUAUGAAUACGAUGAGUAUAACUAUGAUGAUGACUAUAACUAUGAUAAUGCUGAAGAAGAUUUGGAUAUUGAUGAGUCUAAGGAGACAACCACCAUAACAAGUGUCAAGGCCAAGGGCAAGAAGACCAACAAGUCAACCAGCAAGACGACGACCACAGCAGUGCCCAAAUUGCAGGCCAUCGAAGAGAGCACUUCGGUCAAAUCCAAGGUCAAGAAUACCAUUGACAACGACAACGACUCUGACUACGAAAUACAGAACUACGAUGACGAAGAGGGUGAUGAUGAUGAUGAUGACGACGACGAUGACGAUGAUGAUGGCGAUGAUGAUAAUGAUGACAAUAUUCCUCUUUCCCGUGGUGACUUAACCGAUGAUGAGCAAGUGGUCUUUAGCGAAAAUGUUCCCUGCCCCAGAUAUUGUGUGUGCUCCAGGAAUGUCAACAGUUAUCUGGUGGCCACUUGCAGCAGGCUGGAUUCUGGCCAACAGAAAUUCGGCUCAGAUAUAACCGAUUUGGUGGUGACAAAUGUCGGUCCCAAAUAUCCCAUACUCUUGGGCCCCAAAUUCUUCCAUCAAUUGGGUCUGAAAACUGUCUCGUCCAUUAAGAUUGCCAACUGCACCAUUGAGUAUAUGCAUCCAGAGGCUUUCCACGGGCUGGAAGAGUUGUAUGCUGUCAAUUUGACAGAUGUCGGUUUGGCCAUUAUCAAUCCAAAUACGUUUACCCAGAAUAAGAAGCUUCGCAUGUUGACCAUAUCCGGCAACGAUUUGAGCGUGAUGUCGACUCUGGAGUACCUACUGAAAUCGUCGACCAUUGAGGAAUUGGAUAUAUCGCGUAACAAUUUGAUGGAACUGAAUCCUACAGCUUUCAAGCAUCUUAGCAACAUUGUGUACAUUAAUUUGGCACAGAAUGCCUUGCAAAAGAUACCCGAAAAGGUAUUCGAUUCGGUGACAACAAUUGAGGAAUUGGAUCUGUCGUACAAUGCUCUAAAGGAAUUGCCCAAGGGCAUCUUCAAUCGCACCAAAUCGUUGUCGAUUCUCCAUUUGAAGUAUAAUUCAUUUGCCGGAGAUUUGCAUUUCGGUAUAAAUGAGCUGCAGCAAUUGGAUUUGAGUUUCAAUGUCAUUGUCCAGGUGCAUCAUAGCAUGUUCGAUAAAAUGCCCGGUCUGACCAAUCUGAAUCUGCGUGGAAAUGGUAUUAUUAAAAUCUCACCCGAUUCCUUCUUGACGCUUAAGAAUCUGCGACACAUUGACUUGUCCAUCAACGAGCUGGACCAGGUGUCGAGCAUGUUGUUCUUCAAGAACUCUGAACUGGAUGUGAUACGUCUGAAUGAUAAUCCUCGUCUGAGUCAAUUGCCCACCGAUGGUUUCAUCAGCUAUAAUGGUGAUUUCACUGCAUACUUUUUGGACAUUUCCAACUGUGCAAUUGGUGCUUUGGGUCACAAUACCUUCUCGACCAUGCCCCAUUUGACCACAUUGAAGUUGGCCUGGAAUAAUAUCAAUAAUCUGCCACGCGAGACCUUCGCCAGUCUGAGGAAAUUGGUUGAUUUGGAUUUGAGUAACAAUUUGAUCAGCAAAUUGGAUGAAUUGAUAUUCAUGGAGAACAAUGAGUUGUCCAAACUGAAUCUGGCUGGUAAUCCUCUGGUGAAAUUGUCCAUGCGCAUCUUCCUGCCGCUGCAACAGUUGAAAUCUCUCGAUGUGAAUGAUUGUGAGUUGACUACCCUGUUGUCGGACAGACAAUUCGGAAAGGGUUACAAGGUCUUCGAUACUCUGCGUACUUUCAAUGCAUCUGGCAAUCUGAUUAGACGUAUUUCCAAGGAGGAUGUCCAAAGUUUCAAGAACUUGCGUUCCUUGGAUCUCAGUAAGAAUCCAUUGGACUGCACAGCCGAUUUCCAGGACUUUAUUAGCUAUGUCUCGCUGCACACUAAGAUGAUGCCCAAGAGAAUGCCACUGCUGGCCAAUUUGGAAGAUGAUGAGGCCACCAUCAUGGAAUUGGAGACACGCACUCAGGCAAGUUGGGCUCAAUUGGCCCACAAAGUGUGCGACAACAAGGAGAAGAAGUUGGAGCUGCAACUCGAGGAAGGUGAGAAGAAAUUGGAUGAGGACGAGAAACUUCUCAGUGUCCUGGACAAGAGUGUGUUGGAUAAGAGCAGAUUGAGCAGCAUGCAGAAGAUCAUGAAGGGAUCCCCAGCCACUGAGGAUGCCAAGCUAAAGGUGACCGAGAGUGCCGAAGAGGAUUCGAAUCAUGGCGGUGAGCAGACUGAGGAUGACUACGAUAGUGAGGAAGAAGAUGGUGAUGACGAGGAUGAUGAUGAUAGUGACGAUGAUGAUGAUGAUGAGGACGCCGUUCCAGCUAGCCAUGAAAAGCAGGCUGACAUUAAUGAUUUGGACACCAAAUUGAUUUUCAAGGAUCAUGGCGUUAAAGUGGAGGAAAUUGACUUGUCCAAGGAGACAACUAACAAGAAACUUCAAGAUAAAUUGCGUGACGACAGCGACGAAGAGGACUCUAGUGAGCAGGAUGAAGAGGAGAUUAUCAUUGAACGUGGUCGCAUCUACUACUCUGGCUAUCGUUUCAUGUUCCCCAUCAUCAUUGUGGUCACCUGCCUGUUGAUUAUUCUCCUGGGCAUUGCCAAGGUGGUCAGCAUGGUGCUGCGCAAGCGUGGCGAACGGUAUCGCAUGGCUCUGUUGGCCUCCAAGAACUCAUUUGUCUACCAGAAGCUCAGCGAGGAUAUUGUCAAGCCGUUGCCCAGCAAGGAACCCAAACAGCCAAAGGUCCAUCGAUAUGCGCCCAUCAAUCAGGUUUAGGAUGCAGAUGCUGAAGUGUCGUAGGAGCAGGAGUUUUGCGCUGUUUUUCUAAUUUAUAAGUUUUAUUCAUAGUAAGGAAACGAAACGAACUAAAAAAUUCUAUUGCACACAAACACACACACACAGAUAGUGAGAGAGACAGAGAGAGAGAAAAAGAGAACCGGUGCGGCGGUUAUUGAUAUAAAGGAACUCCAGCCAUCCAACCACCCACCGUGACAAGUAUUACAAAAGAAAUCUGCGAAAUACUGAGAAGAAACCACACUAAAUUUCCCCCCGUUCCCUUAAACAAAACAAAAAUAAAUAUAGCAAAUAGUUGUCGUCGCCUUUGUUGUACUUAAAGAAACAAAUCUAAAAAAGAAAAACUCAACAAAAUGAUAUCUCGUACCACUUUUUAUUAAAAAAAAAAGAAGAUCAUUCGAUUAUUUAGUGCCAUGUUGCCAAAAAACAAAAAAGUGAAAAAGUCAAAAAAAAAAAACAAAACAAAAACAAACCGAUCGAGUCAGAUAAAAGUGAGAACUAGAGAAGAUAUAUACAUUAUAUAGAGGGGUUUUUUCUUGAAUGGAUCUGGAUCUGUGUCUGAUUUAAAAUCUUUUUGCCUUGGAGAGAAGAGUGGACAAAAUAUUAAUGAUAAAUACAUAAAACAAAAAAAACACACACUAUUUUUUAAGUAACCACUGAUUUCUUAUGAACAAUCAAUUAAAUAUAUAUACUAUAUUGUCUUUGACUCGGUAAACAAAAAACAACCAUAUAGCUACUAUUCCGAAACAAGAUUGAAAAGAGAAAAAUUAUUUUUUAACCAAAAGUACAUUCUUAAAAUGCGGUUUAAUAAACUUUAAUUACAAUUAUUUAUAA